UUUCUAACGGUUUUCUCUGACGCAACGGAAACGGUGUCAUCGGGGAAAAGUUUUCCCGCGGUUCUGGUGUUAGACUCGACUGGUUGGGAGUCCUUUCGGGUUUUAUUUUUUGUAUGAUUUGUCAUAAACAUCCACAAUGACAGGCGUUUACGAGUCUCCGAAACCCAGAAUCAAUGCGUCGAUGUUGGCUCAAUACAUCGGUCGAUCAGUCUGCUUAGUUGGACGCUUGGAAAAGGUGCAUCCAUCAGGAAAGGCUCUUACGCUGUCAGAUGGAGAAGGAAAGUCUGCAUCAGUGGAGCUCAAUGAACCUCUGGAUGAAGAGCUGAGUGGGAUUGUGGAGGUUAUUGGGAUGGUGUCGAACAAAGGAGCAAUUAUGGCUGUUUCAUAUACUCAGUAUCGAGAAGACAAAAUCUCUUUUGAUCUGGAGCUGUACAACGAAGGCCUGAAAGUUCUCCAUGAUUUUCCCCAGUAUUACCCGUUUGAGGUGUCAUUAAGUGGUUAAACUGCACAUUUUUAUUUGCCUUUUACAGUUUCUGUAUAAUUGGAUAUUUACUGUGUUUGUAAAGAAAUAUGUAAACAUUGUUGUUUUGUUUUUGUUACUUGAAAUAAAACCUUAAAACCCUUGGUUACA